GAUUUACUCUGACGCCCACUGCGUUCCGGACAUGCGCAGUGCGCGCGGUCCGGUGGAUAGGAAGGAAUGAUGGCGUCCUCAGCUGCUCUCCGUGUCUCACGCUGGAUUACAGUCGUCGUUUCCACUGGACAACAUCGGGCCACUGGUGCCGUUGUCUGCGUUGGCAAUGUGGGCGUCCGCGGUAUUUCUACAUUGAGUGCCGGGAAACUAUGGCAAGGAGGCAACCAUUUGUGCGGCGGAGCAGGGAAAGCGGUGACAUUGAAAGGGUUGUCAGGCCUCAAAUCUCCACAUGCAGAUUGCACACUGUCCUUUCACACAAGUGUUCCUGUCGGCCGCAAACAAGACUAUUAUGAGGUUCUUGGUGUGCCACGAACAGCAACCCUUAAAGAGAUAAAGAGUGCCUACUACCAGCUGGCAAAAAAGUACCACCCUGAUUCCAACAAAGAUGACCCAGAGGCCAAGCAAAAGUUUGGUGAGCUGGCUGAAGCCUAUGAGGUCCUUAGUAAUGACACAAAGAGGAAACAGUAUGACACCUAUGGAUCAGCGGGCUUUGAUGCCGGUCAGACAGGUGGAGGUCAGAGCUACUGGACCGGACAGACAAGCCACGUGGAUCCAGAGGAGCUAUUUCGAAAGAUUUUUGGGGAAUUCUCAUCAGGACGUGGGUUUGGAGACUUUAACAGCAUGUUUGAGCAGCCACGGGAGUAUCUUAUGGACCUGACAUUCACUCAAGCAGCAAAGGGAGUCAACAAAGAAAUAUCCGUUAAAAUAGACGCAGCCUGUCGGCGCUGUGAUGGUAGAGGUCACGAGCCUGGCACCAAGGUCCAGCACUGCCACACCUGCAAUGGGUCUGGAAUGGAGACCGUGAACACAGGUCCGUUUGUCAUGCGCUCCACAUGCCGUCGCUGUCUCGGCAAAGGCUCAGUCAUUUCCACGCCGUGUAAUUCCUGUGGCGGGAAAGGACAAACGAAGCAGACGCAAACUGUGAUGGUUCCUGUGCCUGCAGGUGUGGAGGACGGUCAGACAGUAAGAAUGCCCGUUGGUAAAAAGGAGAUCUUCAUCACCUUUAGGGUCCAAAAAAGUCCAGUGUUCAGGAGGGAAGGUGCGGACAUCCACUCUGACCUUCUCGUGUCUGUGGGUCAAGCAGUGUUGGGCGGAACAGCCAGAACACAGGGACUUUAUGAGAUGCUCAACUUAUCAAUCCCUGCAGGCAUUCAGACGGACCAAAAGAUACGACUGGCAGGCAAGGGAAUCGCUCGUGUCAGUGGAUAUGGAUACGGAGAUCACUACGUUCAUGUCAAGAUAAAAAUACCAAAGACGCUGACGGAGAAACAGCGAUCACUAUUGAUGAGCUUUGCUGAGGAUGAGACAGACGUGGAAGGGACUGUGAAUGGUGUUACUUCAACAACCACAGGUAAAAGAUCGUGGAACUGAGAUUCCCAUCGACGCAUCAGCCAACAGAAACCAUCAUGUCACAGGAACAGAAGCAGAGACCGUUUAAAGAAGUAUUGGUUGUGGAUGAAUGCAUAUAGUCCAAACCACCACAUCCUUUAGUGGUUGAAAAUGAAGAUCAACCUGCUCCAUUCCUCUGCCUGAGAGGAUCCACACACACUGACACACGAGGACAAUAGAGCUCAACACUCUAACUGGGAGGCUAUUUAAUUUGCAAAGACUGAUCAUUUAUAUUUAGUCUCUGCAUGUGUGGUCGUCACUGCCCACCAUAAACACAAGUACGAUGCUGACAACAGAAGCUUUGUGCAAAUAAAUGAUAGUGUUGACAGAGACUAAAGAUAGAGUCACAUCUUGGAGUUAGAUUGAAAUGAAUCAGCUCUUAUUAAUGCUCGUUUUCUUGUCCUUUUUUGCGGUUUCCUCCUUUCUUUCCUCUCGUUGCUCUAGUUUUCUCAGUGAAGGCUUUCCCUAAUUGUCAUCACCAACUCUGGUCAGUUCUUACAUUUAGCUGUGGUGAAAGAAUUCACUUUUUUUACAUGUACAUAAAACAGUUGUUAAAACAAUUGCUGCAUAAUUAAUAAACUGUACAGCUAUAA